GCAGGGGAUGGUAGUCUUGAUAGAUUUCAAGGCUGCGUUCCCAAGCGUGGCGCGCCGCUUCCUCACAGGCUGCCUCCAAGGCUUCGGGGUGCCGAGCGGGCCGCUCUCCGUGCUCCGGGCUCUCUACGACGGCGGGGCGCGCAAAGUGGCGGUCGGAGGCUCUCUUUGGCCAGGCUUUGAAAUGCGAUCGGGAAUCCGCAAGGGCUGCCCCCUCUCGCCCCUGAUCUUCGCAGCGUGCAUGGACUUGCUUCUUCGCGUGCUGGAGGUCCGUUUGGGCAACGCAUGCUUGGCACACGCAUUCGCAGACGACGUUGGCGCGGUGCCGGAGGACGUGGAGACGCAACUUCCGAUUUUGACGGCAGUUUUGGAGGAGUUCGGGCAGCUGUCUGGCAUGCAGGUCAACGUCGAAAAAACAGUGGGUAUCCCGCUGAGCGACGACGCGCACGCUGACAUGCAGGCGUUGAUCGCGCGCGCGGUGCCGGGGUGGGGCGCCUUGCCGCCCCGCUCGGAGGCAACGUACCUGGGUUGUCUCAUUGGCCCUGGCAAAGUCGACAAGACUCGGGGGAACGCCGUGGCGCGGUUUCGUGACCGCGUGGCCGGCCGGCAAUGGUCGGCACUCGGGCUGCACUUCGCCACUUUUGUAUACAACGCCUACGCCUUCCCGGGCCUGAGCUUCACUGCCCAAAUCACCGACGUGGACGAACGUGUCCAGCAGGCAGAAGAGUGGGACCGGGAGGAUGCUUCGUGGCAUUUGGACACGCUGGCCGGGAUGCCUUGCGCCUUCGGAAAGUUGGCCGUCUCGGCGCCGGUGGCCCAGCUCCGGGCGGCCGCGCAUGAGACCCGCGGCUUCGGAGCAGGAGGCCUCCACAGGCUUGCGCGGCGAGUUCGCGACGAGUGGUCGCAGUCUCCAUGCAUGCUGCGCGCGGCAAGGAUGUUCAAUUGGUUGAGCUGCUCCUUCCCGAUCGUGCUGCAACGCAACGAGGGCCACCUCUGCGGCCGUGGUAUUCGCAUCGAGGACAUCGUCGCCGAGCUGGCGGGCGCGCCCCUGCAGCCCCUGACGCUCGACCACUGGCAGGCUGGGCGGCACCGCUUGCAGGCGACUGCGCGAGCGCAUCUCCGCAGAUUGGACACGCCAGCAAUGGACAUGCGCGCGCGCCACAAGCUGGGGCUCGCUCGCUGUCCUCCCCCAGGCCAUGCCCCGCGCGUCGUGGCCAGCAGGUUCCUGGAACGCGCCCCGCUGCUGCGGAACCAGGCCCCGCCGAGAGCGCGCGCGGCUGCGUUUCGCACAGCGUGGAACGCACGGUGCAACGCACGGCGGCAUCAGCAGCGCGAUGGCCCACGCAAUUUCUGCAUGCUUGGUUGUGGCGGGAUGGCGCAGGGCAGCUUGGAGCACUACGCGAGGUGCCGGGUCGUCCGGCGCGCCCAUGCCACCGCGCUGAACAUCACGGAUGAAUGGCUUCUCCCGUGGUGGCUUGGCGCCCGCGACAACCAGCGCAGCGACCGACUGCUGGCGUUGGGGGCGAUCGGCGCCCACGCCACGUAUCGCGCCACGAGCGCAGCCCGUCGCCAACGUGGAUUUUCGGUUGCCGACGGCGAGCGGGCGCUGCAGCAGCCCAUCCGCGAGGCAGUUGGGGGCCGCGCCAGGGCCGAGAGGGUCGUGGCCGAUGUCUGGCGCGACCGGUCGGGGGCACGGCGAUGA